AUGGCAUGCCGAGUCGCGCUAAAGCGUUCGUUCGAGCUCGAUCCACAUCACAGUCCCGAGUCUUCGAUGAAAAGACUUCGGGAAAAUGCGGUGCAGUGUCCGACGUUUCACUCAUCUCCGAAGACGGCUUCGUCGUCUCUAUCUCCUCUGCAGUUAGGAGAAAGCGACAGCGGAUCUCAGAGGCUGUCAAGCGAUGAGUUAGAGACUUUUUUGCGCAAUCAGAUCAAUAGCUCAAAAAGGCGCUGUUUCGGUCUUGCUGCGCCCAGCGACGAGAACUCCGGUGGCGUAGUUGGUCCGGUGUCACCGACUUCGAAUUCUGAUUCAGAUAGUGACGCGCCUUCGGCCGGUGGCAUCGACUAUUUGGAGGCUAUCAGCGCAGCGGUCUUCACGUUGCGUCAGGUGAAGAAAAUCUGUGAACGACUGCUUAGGGAGCAGGAAGACCGACUGCGUGAAGAAUACGAAGCAGUACUGAACGCGCGCCUCGCCGAACAGUACGAUACGUUCGUACGAUUUACGUACGACCAGAUACACCGCCACUUCGAUGACACAUCCAUCUCAUACUUGUCGUAA